GCAUGCGAGAAUGUCUCAAGCCGGCGGCAAAAAGGGCAAGGGCCCGCCGAAGAAGAACCCCCCGCCCACGGAGGAGGACAAGACGACGCAGAAGCAGCCCUCGAAGCCGGACGAGAAGGACGAGACCGCGUCCAACAAUGGGGACAAGAAGGAGACCAAGGAUGUCAACGGUGCCGCCGAGGCACCCAAGCCGCCGAGCGCCGGCGUCAACAUGCGGGAUGCUGCGGCCAAGAUCCUGGGGCUCGCGCAAAAGGGGGAGUGGUCGGCGGUGGAGCAGACCCUUAAAGUGCUGGAGAAGCUGGUGGCGGCGGGGGGAGAGGACGCAGUGUCAGUGCCCAUGGCUGGGAUCAUAGACCCGCAAACCGGCAUGACCCCGCUGAUGUACGCGGUGAAGGACAACCGCACCACCUUCGUCGAGAGACUGAUCGAGCUCGGCUCAGACGUCGGAGCCAGGAACAACGACAACUACAAUGUGCUUCACCUAUCCGCCAUGUACUCGAGGGAGGACGUGGUCAAACUGCUGCUGUCGAAGAGAGGAGUCGACCCUUUCGCGACCGGUGGCAGUCGACAGCAGACCGCAGUACACCUGGUGGCCAGCAGACAAACAGGCACCGCCACGAGCAUACUGCGGGCGCUGCUGGCUGCCGCUGGCAAGGACAUACGACUGAAGACUGAUGGUAGGGGUAAGAUCCCGCUGCUGCUAGCGGUAGAGGCGGGGAACCAGAGCAUGGUCCGGGAGUUACUUAGUGCGCAGACGGCGGAUCAACUCAAGGCAUCAACACCUCUCGGCGACACCGCGUUGCAUCUGGCAGCGAGAAGAAAAGACGUGGAUAUGACGAGGAUACUUGUAGACUACGGUGCAGCAAUAGACGCAGUGAACGGCGCAGGGCAGACUCCACUGCAUAUAGCAGCCGCGGAAGGAGAUGAACCUCUAGUUAAAUACUUCUAUGGAGUAAGAGCGAAUGCUGCGAUUGCUGAUAAUGAAGAUCGAACACCAAUGCACUUAGCGGCUGAAAACGGACACGCCACUAUCAUAGAGCUCCUAGCUGAUAAAUUCAAAGCAUCGAUCUUUGAAAGGACGAAAGAUGGAAGUACACUCAUGCACAUCGCCUCUCUAAAUGGCCACGCGGAUUGCGCCAUGAUGCUUUUCAAAAAAGGCGUUUAUCUCCAUAUGCCUAAUAAGGAUGGUGCCCGAAGUAUCCACACGGCUGCGAGGUACGGCCACGUUGGUAUCAUUAACACAUUAUUGCAGAAAGGCGAAAGUGUAGAUGUUACCACCAAUGACAAUUACACAGCUCUCCACAUAGCUGUAGAGUCCUGCAAGCCAGCUGUUGUUGAAACACUUUUAGGAUAUGGAGCAGACGUCCACAUACGUGGAGGAAAACAACGGGAAACACCACUACAUAUUGCUGCGAGAAUACCUGAUGGCGAUAAAUGUGCCCUUAUGCUCCUCAAAUCUGGAGCUGGACCAAAUAAGGCAACCGAAGAUGGACAAACACCAGUUCAUGUUGCUGCUAAAUAUGGGAACUUAGCUACGCUAAUACUGCUCUUAGAAGAUGGUGGUGAUCCACUAAGGAAAACAAAAAAUGGUCAAACACCUUUACAAAUGGCAUGUCGGAGUUGCAAACCAGAUGUAGUGAGGUAUUUGUUACAAUUUAUUAAAGAACGUAAAGGCGAAAAAGUUUCUUCGACUUACAUAGACGCUGUUGAUGAGCAUGGAGCUAGUGCCCUACAUUUUGCUGCACAAAUAACCAAAGACGAAGUUAAAAUACCUUCUGCGGACAGAGAAGUUGUAAAAUGUUUAAUGGAACAUGGCGCUGAUGUCUCUUUGGUGACUAAAGAAAAUCAUGAAACGGCGUUUCACUUUUGUGCGAUAGCAGGAAAUAAUGAUGUUCUUACAGAAAUGAUAUCUGACAUGUCUGCAGCAGACGUUGGUAGAGCACUAAAUAGGCAAAAUUCAAUUGGAUGGACGCCUUUACUUAUAGCGUGUAAUAGAGGUCACAUGGAACUAGUUAAUAAUUUACUUUCGAAUCAUGCUAGGGUUGAUGUAUUUGAUAUUGAGGGCAGAUCUGCGUUACAUCUAGCGGCAGAGCAUGGUUAUCUACAAGUGUGUGAUGCUUUACUUACUAACAAAGCUUUUAUAAAUUCUAAAUCAAGAAACGGUCGGACAGCGCUCCAUUUAGCAGCCAUGCAUGGAUAUACACAUUUAGUAAAAUUUCUUAUCCGAGAUCAUAACGCAAUGGUUGAUGUGUUAACACUGAAGAAACAAACGCCAUUACAUUUAGCAGCAGCUAGUGGUCAACUCGAUGUUUGCAAAUUAUUAUUAGAACUUGGUGCCAAUAUUGAUGCGACAGACGAGUUGGGACAGAAGCCUAUACACGUUGCAGCGCAAAACAAUCAUUCAGAAGUAGUACAGUUAUUUUUACAACAGCAUCCUAAUUUAGUAAUGGCAACAACUAAAGAUGGAAAUACUUGUGCGCAUAUAGCAGCUAUACAAGGAUCGGUGAAAGUUAUUGAAGAGCUUAUGAAAUUUGACAGAACAGGAGUAAUAUCUGCGAGAAAUAGACUAAAUGACUCCACACCACUACAAUUGGCUGCAGAAGGUGGACACGCAGAUGUCGUAAAAAUUCUCGUUAGAGCCGGUGCUUCCUGUACAGAUGAAAAUAAAGAAGGCUUUACGGCAGUACAUUUAGCAGCACAACAUGGUCAUACAAAUGUACUUGAUGUUAUGCGAUCGACAAACACUCUGAGAAUAUCUAGCAAAAAGUUAGGGCUAACACCAUUGCAUAUCGCAGCCUACUACGGGCAAGCAGAAACUGUACGAGAACUCUUAUCUUUUGUGCCCGGUACCGUAAAGUCUGAAGCACCGACCGGAAUUUCUUUAGUACCUAUUUUGGGAUCAGAAUCAGGUCUAACACCAUUACAUUUAGCGGCUUACAAUGGUAACGAGAAUGUCGUACGGUUACUAUUGAAUUCAGCUGGUGUUCAAGUUGAUGCGGCUACAAAUGAAAAUGGAUAUAAUCCGCUUCAUUUGGCUUGUUUUGGUGGUCACAUGUCGAUCGUCGGAUUACUACUCAGUAGAUCUGCGGAGUUACUGCAAAGUACUGAUCGUCAUGGAAAAACUGGUUUGCACAUAGCAUCGACUCAUGGCCACUAUCAAAUGGUUGAAGUCUUGCUCGGUCAAGGAGCUGAAAUAAAUGCCACGGAUAAAAAUGGAUGGACCCCACUUCAUUGCGCAGCUAAAGCUGGGCACCUUAAUGUUGUAAAACUUUUAUGCGAAUCCGGAGCCUCACCUAAAAGCGAAACAAACCUUAAUUGCGCUCCAAUUUGGUUCGCAGCAUCUGAGAAUCAUAAUGAUGUACUAGAAUAUUUAUUACAUAAAGAACAUGACACUCAAUCAUUAAUGGACGACAAAAGGUUUAUUUACAAUCUCAUGGUUUGUUCAAAAAAUCAUAACAAUAUACCGAUAGAAGAAUUUGUGCUUGUUUCACCAGCCCCUGUGGACACAGCUGCAAAAUUGUCAAAUCUGUAUAUUACUUUAUCAACCAAGGAAAAGGAGCGUGCCAAAGACCUUAUAGCAGCCGGUAAGCAGUGCGAAGCGAUGGCAACGGAGUUGUUAGCUUUAGCUGCUGGUGCCGAUUCUGCUGGUCAUAUUUUAACUGCAACGGACAAUCGUAACAUUGAGUUUCUAGAUGUCCUUAUAGAAAAUGAACAAAAAGAAGUCAUUGCCCACACCGUCGUCCAGAGAUAUCUGCAGGAACUCUGGCGGGGAAGCCUCAAAUGGAGCGGCAUCAAAAUUAUGUUCCUUUUUUUCAUGUUUAUAAUAUGUCCACCCGUUUGGAUGGUGUUCUCUCUUCCACUUGGUCAUAAGUAUAAUAAGGUUCCCAUUAUCAAAUUCAUGUCAUAUUUGACGUCACAUAUAUAUCUCAUGAUUUUAUUAGCAUUAGUAGGAAUAACUCCAAUAUACAAUUCUAUAUUUAGGGAGAGUUUAGUGCCCAGAUGGUACGAGUGGAUGUUGUUAAUAGCAUUGAGCGGGCUUUUGCUAUUCGAACUAACAAAUCCAAGUGACAAAUCUGGGUUGGGUUGGAUAAAAAUUGCAGUAUUACUUAUGGGAAUGGUGGGAGUUGCAGUCCAUGUCGUUGGAUGGAUUUUUGUUACACCAAAAUAUUGGCCUACUUUAAUAUACUGUAGAAAUCAAUGUUUCGCCUUAUCUUUUUUACUAGCAUGUGUACAAAUCAUGGACUUUUUGUCUUUCCACCAUCUAUUCGGCCCUUGGGCGAUCAUCAUCGGGGAUUUAAUGAAAGAUUUAGGCAGAUUUUUAGCUGUGCUAGCUAUCUUUGUAUUUGGUUUCUCGAUGCAUAUUGUAGCUCUGAAUCAGCCGUUCAGAAACUUGAACAAACCAGAAGACAACAAAUACGCCAGACAAGUUCGGAAAAAGCUGUUUUCAGACGUAAGCAUGAAUCCGAUCUUAUCGUUCGAGCUGCUGUUCUUCGCGGUGUUCGGUCAGACUACGACGGAGCAGACGAAGGUGCACCGGAGCGACAGCAACCAGCAGCCGCCCUGGACCAAUUACUUGUUUAAAAUUGUGUUCGGAAUCUACAUGCUGGUGUCGGUCGUAGUACUGAUAAAUCUGCUUAUCGCUAUGAUGUCGGACACUUACCAGAGAAUUCAGGCACAAUCCGAUAUAGAGUGGAAGUAUGGUCUAUCGAAGUUGAUUCGCAACAUGCACCGCACCAACACCGCCCCAUCCCCUCUGAAUCUCGUGACGACGUGGCUCAUGUGGCUGAUUCAUCGGUGCAAGGAGAAAAUGACGAAGAAGAGUCGACCGAGUUUGAUCCACAUGGUGGGCAUGCAUCGUGAGGAUCAGCUCAGCGCGCGCUCUAAGGCAGGAGCGAAGUGGUUGUCUAAAGUUAAGAGAGCACAGGUGGUACCUAAAGACUCCACGCGAUUAUCCAUCGUCCACCUCAGUCCUUUGGGCUCUCAGAUGAGCUUCAGCAACACAACGAGGAUAGAGAACGUGGUGGACUGGGAGCUCAUAGCCAAGAAGUACAGGGCUCUCAUGAGAGACGAGCCAGAGGAGUCAUCCAACAAAGAGGACACGGACAGUGGAGAAGACUCCUCGGAAAUAGUCCCCAAUAACAUAGCUUCCGUUCCGCCUUGAAAUAAAAAUAGUUGUAAGAGAAGAUAACGAAAUGAAUGGAAGUGAGGAGACGCUUCCGAAAAUUCUACUGAUGAUGUUUUUAAACUAAAU